AUGUCAAAACUGCAUAAGUGGGCUUCUUGUUCGCGGAGAUCGGGUCGACGCGGUCCUUUGUUGGUCGGCCGUCUGGUCGGCCGUGAUGUGAUGUUCUCGGUCGAUCGUGGUCCAUUGCCUCCCGGCUCGGACGGUGCGGUCGUGCGGCGGAUCGGUCCUGGAGAAGGCCGAGCGAAGCCAAUUCCCUUCCUGUCCGGCCGAGUGCGUUCGGCCGGCUGUGGACCAGUCUUCAGUACAAACGUGAUAUCUCCUAAACGGCUUAUCCAAAUUGCAUACUUCCAACGGCAUUGGAACAAUAACUCAUCUGGAUAUCUUGGUAUCAAGUUUCAUUGA